AUGGCUAAUUCCGCAAAGACGAAUAAGGUUCGCUUUGAGCAACUCGAAGAAGCUGUGUUGGAAUUGCGCCGCGGCAUGCAAGCUAUGCAGGAGACGAGUGUGACCACCCAAACUCUUCUUCAAGAGUUGGCCUCCCGCUUUUCUAGUCGGGAUUCAGAUCGUCGCCGCAAGGCUUCGAAACAACAUCCGCCCAAGGAUAGUCCACCAUCAUCACCACAUUCUACCAGCUCCAGGAGUUCCGGCACGGAUGCAUCUGCUGAAAGCGAGAACAAUGGCUCUUGUUCCUCUCGAGCAUCUGAUACAGAAAUCGAUGAGGGUCGCACCACAGCUACGGACAAGAAUUUACGCAUGCAUUCUCGCGUAAAGCUCGACUUCCCUCGUUUUGCAGGUGAAGAUCCGACUGUUUGGCUUGACCGUGUUAAACAAUAUUUUGCUACUCAGGAAAUUCAGGGCAAAAAGAAAGUGACGCUCGCUGCCUACCAUCUCGAGGGCGAAGCCAAGCAAUGGUGGCAAUGGUACAACCGUUCUCAUGACGGAAAGACCAUCUCCUGGCACAAAUUUGAGAAGGGAAUCUUGUGCCGUUUUGGACCAAUUGAAGACUAUGACGAGGCGCUUAGCAAGAUUAAACAAAAGGGCACUUUUCAGGAGUAUCAACAGGAAUUUGAGAAGCUGGCUAACCGAGUGAUUGGUUGGCCAAAGAAAGCAUUAUUAGGUGCUUUUAUGGGAGGAUUAAAGGAAGAUAUUGCAAUUGAGGUUCGUAUGUUUCGGCCUAAGGGACUGAAGAAUGUUAUAGACCUGGCCAAACGCCAGGAUGAGAAGCUACAGAGGGGCCGCAAGCCGUCUGGCAGUGUUUCUUCCAACAAUCGCAGUAUGGGCACUGCUAGUCCCACCAACACCACUACUCUGCUACUCACUACCAAGCCUACACCCGUGAAUGCAAUGAAACGUUUAUCAUUUGACGAGAUGCGACUUCGACGACAUCAUUGUCAAGCUCAGUCAUAUUUCAUUGAAGCUGAAAGUCCAUUUGAUGUAAAAAAGGAUGAUGAAGAAGAAUUGCCGCCUACGGAUAUACCAACAGACUCACUUAUUUCACUCCAUGCAUUGUUAGGGAGUAUUGGCAAUCUUACACCUAUCACUCCAUUUUACGUCCGAGUUGCUAGUGGGGAGAAACUCGCCUGUCAAGCUAAGUAUGAGAAGUGGCUUGAAGGAUUGGGUUGUGUGGUACAUGAUUAUGCUCGUUGCUCUAUGGAAUUUGUUAUUGGUAAUCGAAAAUUUAUAAUUCAGGCCGAACCCGUGGGUCCCUAUAUGGUUGUAGACGUUAAUGCACUGCUGCUGGAAUGGAAGCAUGGUGCUAAGCUAUUUUGCUUGGCUGCAAUUAAGAGUGAGCCAGCACUUCCAGCGGAUUCCACUCCAAAUUUGAAUCCAGAAAUUCAGGCUAUUUUAUUGGAGCACCAGCAGGUAUUGAACACUCCACAGGAAUUGCCACCCUCGAGAACGUUUGACCAUCGCAUCUUGCUGAAAAAUGAAGCCGCGCCCGUCAAUGUAGCACCAUAUCGGUAUGCCCACUUUCAGAAAAAUGAAAUUGAACGCCAAGUGGAGGAGAUGCUAUCUACAGGCUUGAUCCGUCCCAGUACUAGCCCCUUUUCGUCCCCCAUCCUGUUGGUUAAAAAAAAAAAAGAUGAAACUUGGCGCUUUUGCACUAACUAUCGAGCCUUGAAUAAGGCGACUAUCAAAGACCGUUUCCCAAUUCCCACUAUUGAGGAUAUGCUAGAUGAGUUAUUUGGCGCGACUUAUUUUUCUAAACUAGAUCUCCGAGCUGGCUACCAUCAAAUUCGGGUUCAGCCGGACGAUGUCCAUAAAACGGCUUUUCGCACCCAUCAUGGUCACUUUGAAUAUUUGGUGAUGCCAUUUAAGCUUUGCAAUGCGCCUUCGACGUUUCAAGCCGCCAUGAAUUCAAUUUUUAAGGUUCUUUUACGGCAUUUUAUUCUUGUAUUUUUUUAUGAUAUUUUGAUUUACAGUAAAACUUGGCCGGAUCAUUUACGUCAUCUUCGGACUACUCUUGGAAUAUUGGUCGAGCAUUUCUUUUACAUCAAACCUUCCAAGUGUAUUUUUGGCCAACAGGAGGUAGAAUACCUCGGUCACAUUAUUACACCAGCAGGUGUAACAAUGGAUUCUCGCAAGAUUGAUGCUAUGCUCCACUGGCCUCAGCCCAAAAAUAUUACUGGACUACGGGGAUUUCUCGGUCUCACAGGAUACUACCGAAAAUUUGUGUGA